AUGAGUGGCGCAACAAGGGGUGACCCUAACACGAACACUGAGACCAGUGAGUCCGCUCCUGACAGCAAAACUACUCAGCCAAGUACUCACGACAGCGAUGCUGUUCAACCAAAGCCCGCACAGGAAAGCGAUAAAGAGAUUGACGGUAGUAAUGGUGACAAGGUGGUGCCUGAUUCCGUUGAGAAAAUGACUGACGGUAAUAGUGGUGACAAGGAGGUGACUGAACCCGUUGAGAAAGGGACUGACCGUAGUAGUGGUGGCAAGGAGGUGACUGAAUCCGUUGAGAAAGGGGCUGACGGUAGUAGUGUUGACAAGGAGGUGACUGAAACCGUUGAGAAAGAGACUGACGGUAGUAGUGAUGACAAGGAGGUGACUGAACCCGAUGAGAAAGGCACUGACAAAAGCGACGAUACGCCUGUAGAUAAGAAAGAAAGCGAUAGUAGUGACAGUAUUGCGAAGACGGAAUCUGUCGUUAGCUCUAAUGCGGAGAAAUCCGAUAGCGUAAAACCAUCAGACAGUACAGGCGGAAAAAUAGCAGAUAACGAAGGAACUAGCGAUGCACGAGUGGAAACCAUAGCAACGCGAUACGCAGAUUUGGUCGCGAGUUCUGAAGCAGCAGACAGCGCUCAAGAUGAAUUGAAGCUAGUCACACACACAGCGGGAGACACUGGCAUGUUAGCGAGCAUUAUACGAACUAUAUCACCUGGUGACACUGUUACCAGUGUAUUGGAAGGUGAUGCUGAAACAACUGAGCCGGAGAGUCCCGGUGGUGGUGGUGAUAUUGCGAGCGAUACCCCCGCAGGUGGUAGUAUCAUCAGCAACAAUCCUGAUGGUGAGAACGUUAUAUCAAACAAACCGACGGGUGAUGGCAAUAUAACUAGCAGCAAGCCUGUCAGUGGUAAUAUCAUCAGCAACAAUCCGGUUGAGGGCAAUGUUAACGCGAACAAGCUCGUGGUAACAUCAUCGGCAAUAGUCCUGCAGGUGGAAAUAAUAACUGAGGACUCGGACGCCGAUAGCGACAACUACGACGAGGUCCAUGGGUGGCUUAAUCACCUCCAAGAAACGCUGGUACUCUCUGUUCCGCAUGCUGCGAAUAUACUGAUCCACCUGGGACCUGAGGUCAUCGCGGCGCUAUACCUGGGCACUCUGGGCCACGCCGCCUUUGGUAGUGCAGCACUCGCCACAGCGUACAUGUCCAUCACGGGCAAUACUUGGGGCAUAUCCCUCAUAUCCGCUUUAGACACACUAGCAUCCCCGUUGAUAUCUAUGAAUGAGGCUCAGGGCUACGAAUCUCAAGCCUUGCAGAGAACAUGGCUGUUGUUGCUGGUGAUGUCAUUGCCAAUUACUUUCCUGUGGCUGUGUUCGUACCAGGUCCUUACGCUAGUUGGAGUAGACAGUGUUAUCGCCGACCAGGCAGCCGAUUACUGCAGGUUUUCUCUGCCUGGUUUGUGGGGCAUGUUUCUGUUUGAGUCACUGAAGAAGGUCGUUCAAGGCACUGGCGCUGACGGCCAAGCCAUGAUCAAGACCAUCACAAUCUUCGCCACGCUUUGGAUGAUUGUUGUGGGCUGGUUCCUGGUCACCAGCAACAGCCUGGGCAUGGGCUACGUGGGUGUAGCCAUAACGCGUGCCGGCAUGUGGUGGAUGAUGGCUGUGUGGGCCGGCGUGUAUCUGGUUGUGAAGGAAUGGUUCAAAGCAAACUGGACCGGUUGGUCGCACGAAGCCUUCUACGAAUGGAGCACUCAUCUGUGGCUGUCUGGCUCGUGUCUGAUGAUCAUGGUCACGGAACUAUGGCCUGUGGAGCUUAUCGUUGUCGUGGCUGGUUGCAUGGACUCGCGGCAGCUGGCUGUGGCCGGUAUCUUCGUACAGUUCCUGUCCUUCGGAUCUGUGCUUCCAUUUGCCAUCAGCGUGUCCAGCACGCAACGGAUCGACACUUUCAUGCGCAAAGCCGUGCCCAGCGAUUGCCAGCGGGCAGCUGUAGUGUCUUCGCUGACUAUCCUGCUCUUCGAUGCACUGUACUGCCUAGCGCUCUACCUACUACGGUACCAAGCCCCCCGGCUGUUUACGGUCGACUCGUCUACCAUUGUCAUGUCUACGGAGGCUAUCCUGUACAUGAACGUGUAUCUGUGUGUGGAUGCGCUUUUGACCAGCUGCCGCAAUGUACUGCGAACGUUCCACCGGCAGCAGAUCACCUUCCUGCUCAAUGUGGUGUGCAACUAUAUCCUGGGCAUGCCGCUGGCUCUGUUGUUCGCGUUUAAGUUCGAGGAUGAUCUGCAGGGGCUGUAUAAAGGCAUGUCCAUUGGCGCAGGUGUGCAGUGCGGCAUUUUGGUGGCUGUGGCCUUCUACUUCUCGGACUGGAACACUGAGAUAUGGCGCCUGCACGCACGGUUGAACGGAGAGACCGUCAAGGAGUGGUACGACGAUGAAGAGGAUGAUGAACAGCACCAACUGCCCACACAUGUCAAUGGGGGUACAUACGGGACCCACACUGCCUGAGAGGGGUAUGACCGAGUGUUGUAUGGUAUGGUAUGCGCAUGUGUGUAGACAUGUGUACAACCCACACAUGUCAAUGGGGGUACAUACGGGACCCACAAUGCCUGAGAGGGGUACGGCCGAGUGUUGUAUGGUAUGGUAUGCGCAUGUGUGUAGACAUGUG